AUGCCUCAAUCAGCACAGGCAGAACACACAAAUGGUCUAUCUCACAACGACGGCCAGGAUAUGUUCGACAGUAUACCGUCCUGUAUCACAGCUAUCAAGUCCGGCCAGUUCAUAGUGGUCCUCGAUUCUCCCGACCGCGAAAACGAGGGUGAUUUGAUCAUCGCCGCUCAGCACAUUACAUCCGGCCAGAUGGCCUUCAUGAUCAGACACACCUCAGGCAUAAUCUGCACACCACUGUCACCUACUAUAUGUGACAGCUUGGACUUGCCGCAGAUGGUGGCACGGACAGAGAACAGUGACCCCAACAGGACGGCAUACACGAUUAGUGUUGAUUCUAACCACGACACAGUAACUACAGGUAUCAGUGCAUACGAUCGCGCCUUGACCUGCAACGAGCUGGCCAGAGAAAGAGCCCAGCCGAAUGAGUUUAGGCGGCCUGGGCACGUCUUUCCACUGAGAGCGCGGCCAGGUGGUGUCCGCGAGAGGACGGGUCACACCGAGGCCGCUGUUGAGUUCUGUCGGUUGGCUGGUUUGAGAGAAGCAGGUGUGAUCAGUGAGAUCGUGGAUCCAGGAAAUGAGGUCGACGGCCGAGCAGAGAUAGUGGGAGGAGAGAGUAUGUUAAGGCGGGAUGGCUGCCUGGCUUUCGCCCGAAAAUACGGAUUGAAGAUAUGUUUGAGGGAUUAUGUGGAGAAGACGGAAGGAAAACUGCAAGUGAAUGGGACUUGA